GUAAUUACUCCAGGCCAAGCAUCAGUACGUGAGCUCGAGCUCGCUCCCCUCUGCCGUCUCCAAACUCUCCACCACCCAAACCAAAUCCUCGCCAAUGGCGCGACUACUCUUCCAAACCCACACGGCCGCGCAAACCUUCGCCCCGAGCCCGCGCGGCAACCGCCGCCCCGCUCCCGCCGCGCCCCACGCCGUCGGCUUCCUCCGCGCCCUCUUCCCUGCCCGGCCGCCGCCGGCCAAGGCCGAGCUCCUCCGCCUCAUCGCCGACCAGGGCCGCGGCCUCGAAACCCAGUCCGACCCGUCCCGCCUCGCGGACAUCGUCUCCUGCAUAGACGCCCUCGCUGCCUCCGCCCCGGACGCCGACACCGUGUCGGACGCCGCCAAGCUCUCCGGCACCUGGCGCCUCCUGUGGACGACCGAGCAGGAGCAGCUCUUCAUCGUGCGCAACGCCCCCAGCUUCCGCACCGCCGCCGGCGACGUGCUCCAGGUCAUCGACGUUCCAGCUGGGAGCCUCAACAACGUCAUCACCUUCCCGCCCUCUGGCGCGUUCGUCGUGAACGGCAGCAUCGAGAUCCAACCACCCCAGCGAGUAAAUUUUCGGUUUACACGUGCUAUGCUGAAGGGGGGCAAUUGGGAGGUUCCCUUUCCGCCAUUUGGGAAAGGAUGGUUUGAUACUGUCUAUUUGGACGAUGAAAUCCGUGUAGCGAAGGACAUAAGGGGGGACUAUUUAGUUGUUGAGCGUGCUCCAUAUUCUUGGAACGGAUAGUUGCUAAAUUUUUGGUGGGUGCUUAUCCACUUACACUUCAUAUUAUGUGCGUAGACAAAAGAUUUGCAGGACCUCAUAAUUUCCGAGCAAGUCUUUACCAUUUACUAGGCCCUUCAUUUUACUAUACGACUAGCUAAAUUGCUCGUGCAGGUAUGCAGCUAGAUACUCUACAGUAGGUAAUGCCUAUUAGGUACUCCCUCCGUCCUGAAUUACUUGUCGCAGAAAUGGAUGUAUCUAGAACUAAAAAAUGUCUACAUACAUCCAUUUCUACGACAAGUAAUUCCGAACGGAGGGAGUACGUAUGUAUAUGUUUGAAAAUAGCACUGUAGUUUCUUAUGGUUUGAAAUCAAGUUGUAAAUCUUAUGCCACUUCAGCACUUGAAGAUAUAUCUGAUUAAAAUGUGUUAUUAUAAUUGGAUUCA